AACAACUAUCAAUCAAAUCCUCUCGACACCUCCGCCCACUCUAUCGGUGGCACAUACAACACACUGCAAGAGCAGAAUCAGAAAUUAACAUGCUCUUCCUCUUGCUAAAUAAAACUGACCAGUAAGUGGUGAGCCUCAAUCCAUCAUGGCAACAACGUCGUAUUUCCAACUCCAUCGGUGCAGUCCAUUCCCACUCUCUCUUUCCUCUCGUUGCUCUUGUCCCUGCCGCCCCUCGCCCUCCAAAACCCUAGUUCUCACUCGUCCGCGCCCAAAAUUGGGUCAUCUGGAUCUCUUGUUCGACGGAAAUAGACGUGCGCUGGGGCUUGGCCGAAAUGGAGCUUUGGCUAGCCGCCGGCUAAUCGCAGUCUCGGCUCGAGCCAAGCCGGAACGGCUUAGCGAGGACAAUGCCCACCAGGAAGUCCACAAAGGCCAUAAAUUGUCAAUGAAUGAGGAUGCGGUCUCAGAGCAUCAACAGAAAGCCAGUCAGUUAAAGAAAAGAAUUUUUUUUGGACUCGGAAUUGGGUUAUCUGUAGGCAUUGUCGUGUUGGCUGGAGGAUGGGUAUUCACAGCAGCUGUGGCGGCUGCUGUUUUUGUUGGCGCACGCGAGUAUUUUGAAUUGGUUAGGAGUCAUGGAAUUACUGCAGGGAUGACACCUCCACCUCGAUUUGUGUCACGAGUUUGCUCUGUUAUUUGUGCUCUCAUGCCCCUAGUUACCUUGUAUCGCGGUCAAAUUGAUGUUUCCGUGACAUCUGCUGCCUUUUUUGUUGCUAUGGCAUUGCUUUUACAGAGAGGAAAUCCUCGCUUUGCACAGCUUAGUAGCACAAUGUUUGGGCUAUUUUACUGUGGAUAUCUUCCUUGUUUCUGGGUUAAGCUUCGAUGUGGCCUAGCAGCACCAGCCCUAAACACUAGUUUUGGAUCAGCAUGGCCCAUCCUUCUUGGUGGACAAGCUCACUGGACUGUUGGUCUUGUGGCAACCUUGAUUUCUUUCAGUAGCAUAAUUGCUGCUGACACUUAUGCUUUUCUGGGUGGCAAGGCAUUUGGUAGGACACCCCUUACCACUGUUAGUCCAAAGAAGACAUGGGAAGGAACUAUUGUAGGGUUGGGCGGUUGUAUAGCCACUUCUGUUGUAUUAUCAAGGAUAUUUUGCUGGCCCAAAUCUUUAUUAAGCGUGAUAGCAUUUGGGUUUCUGAAUUUUUUUGGCUCCGUAUUUGGUGAUCUUACGGAAUCGAUGAUCAAACGUGAUGCGGGUGUAAAGGACUCUGGGUCUCUAAUACCAGGACAUGGAGGAAUACUAGAUAGAGUGGACAGUUACAUCUUCACGGGUGCACUUGCAUACUCCUUUGUCAAAACCUUCUUGCCACUUUAUGGAGUUUGAUAGACAUAUUUGGUCAUUGCGAAGUGAUAUUAGAAAGGAAAUCAUGGUCAUUACCAAGUCAAAAUGAGGCAAAGCUGUUUUGGUUAGCAUGAGCUGCAAGCAUGUUGGAGGGACGAAUUCUUUCGUUUAUUCAAUCUGAGAGAGAGAGAGAGAGAGAGAAAGAGAGAGCUCUAGAUGUCUCCGAGUCCUAAUUUAAUCUGAUCUAGAAAGAUGUUCCUCUGUACUUGUAAGGGGCUUGAGAUUAUAUUUCCUGACUUCUCCAGGUUCUGAUACCAAAUCCACGUUCAAAGGAAUACUUGUUUAACAAUGUUUCUUGAAUUGCAUGACAUCAGUUAAUCCAGCGGUAGCAUGAUCAUCUCUGAUGUCUACAGUAGAGCUGCUUUGAGCCAUUGA